GUCAGGGAAAUAACCAAAGUUGUAACACAUUUGAGGAUAAAUAAUGCUGUUUAUAGAAAACUAACCUAUUGGAAUUUAUGGUAAUAUAGAAGAAUUUUGGUUAUAUUAUUCUCUCCAAGUUGACGUUUAUUAUUUAUUAAAAGAACUGGCCAUUGUGGGAAGUUAUCCAGCGAGGGGGAAUUACUAAUUCGGCUUAUGGACACAAAUUUAAAGUUUGCGUGAAGUGGACUCUUUCGUGUUGACGUUUUGCGUUUGGAGACGUAUCGAAAACGCCGGUAAGGUAUUAGAGUGUAAGCAUGAGUCGUCUUGAAAUUCCUUUGUGGAAACAAGAACUACUAAAACGAAAGCAAGCUAAAUUAGGCAAUGAAAACUUGGUUUCAACACAGAACUCAAAAGGGUCUGACCCAAAUCCUCGACAUAGGAAUGCUAUAAACACUAAUUUAAGUAGCUCAAAUCACAAUUUGGAUAACUCGGUGGAGAAAGGGCAUUACGAAAUCGGUAAAAAUUAUGGUUUUAAUAAACAAAAUACUGAUAGCGGAUGUACAACUACGAAAAAAUGCCCUACGUAUAAUCGAAAUAUUAUAUUGGAUAGCAGCGUUGACAGUAUUGACACGCGUCAAGCCAGUGAAAAGUCCAAGAUCUUGAGUGUCGAUACUGGCCCAAGUCGGCUAGACAGUCUUGAUACAACUUCUAAUAGGAAUGUAGGAAAAUAUAACAAAUGCGAUUUUGCUUAUGGUUUAAGUGGGGUUAGUUCUGAUAUAAGAAUGCAAAAAAGUUCUGAGGCAUUAAAGAAUAUAGAGAAGUCUAAUAGAGCGAAUAAUGAGCAAGAUGGGCCACAGGAACUUGAGAUUACUCAAGGUGUUGAAACGAAGCAUAUUAGCCCUCGUGAUGUUAAAAAGAUGUGGCAAUUACAAACUACUAAAGAUGAAAUAUUACCAAAAAGCCCAGUCUCAAAAAGCCCAGUCUCAAAAAGCCCAAGCCCUACAAAGGAAAUUCCCAAAACCCUUUCCCCCUCCCUUCAGAAUGCUCCCCAUCAAAUUACGACCAAUGUUGGAUCUAAUCCUACCCCAGUACCAAAGGCAUACAAGUCACCUUAUGCAAAAAAGCAGUGGCAAAGGUCAGCUUCAAAAGGUGAUGAAAAAUCAGUUAAGAAAAACUUUAUUCUAUCAAAAGAAAAUGAGACAAAACUGCAUGCACAAAAAUCAUCUUCAGGAAAAAGUGGUAUGGCAAACAAUAAUAUAGAUAAGGAUGAUGAAGUUGAACAUAUUCAAAGUGUGAAGUCCUUACUAGGGUUGUUUGGUGGGCAAGCAAAACCAAAGGUUAAUCGGAAAGUCAGUGAAAAUAGUGUGAAAACUGAGGGAGAAAAGGUCUGUCAUACCACAGAAAUUAAGAAACCAGGUCUAUUCAAGCAUCAUUCUGAGCCAAACCUGUAUUUUGAUAAGAAAGUUGUUAAUGACAUUUCAACAAGUCCCAGGAAGUCACCAACAAGCCCAAAGAAAUCUCCAACAGUCGAUGUAGAAGUGGAUGAUGUUGCUUUGCCCUCACACCAUGUAUCACAAGGUAUUCAAGAAAGAAUGACAAGGCUUCGCAGGGCAUCGCACUCUAAUAUGGAAGAUAUGGAUGGCUUCAUAGAAUAUGAGAAUAGAUUGAAUAAUGGUGUAGAAUCUGUGCAUUUAGUGCAAAACCAUGAUGAGUCACAACAUGUUCAGAUCAAUCAAAAGCAAAACCCACAGUUAAAUGAUAAAGUUGCUGAAAACAUUUCAAAGAGUCACAUGAAGAAUAAUGAAGAACAAGACAAUAUUCUAAAAAAAGAUUCAAAAACAAAAAACACCAGCGAUUCAAUGGAUAAAACAUUGGUCCAUAACCGCAAUCACAGAAAUGUUGCAAGAAUUAUGGUAACUCAAAAACGAAACACUGAAAACAAAAUUAUUGCUCCUGAAAACAGGCAAGUAAGCAAACAGAAUCAAGACAAUUUAUCCAACAGUGUUACAAAUACAGCUAUACGAAAUGACAAUGAAAAGCUGGGAUUAUCUGAAAGUGUAAAUAGUCAUAAUCAAAUGCCUGAUAAUCGCAGUAGUACCAAUGAAAUCAAUCGUAGCACUGUGAAUAAUGCUGUGAAAAGUAAAGAAGUGAAGAGUGACCCUAAUGAUCAGUCGUUUGAUAAACCUGUGUCAGUUUUGGGAACUGGUAUUACCAAAAAGGUAGCAACUGUGCCGGACUUGGCUGAUGCAAAUGAGCAUAAAUCUAAUAAUAAAUACCAGAACAAACAAAGUAAUUAUGUUGUUGAGAAUAGCGAAUCAGAUUCCAGCCUACAUAACAAUGUUUUGUCAACAGACCGAUCAACUGGGAUUAAACAAAACAAACAAGAAGAAAAGUUAGUUAUUAAAAACAAGGAAACAGUGAAGGAAGUUGAAGAGAAAAAGCCUCGUAGAAAGGGUCUUAAUGUUGUUGAUCCAUUAGCUGUCCUACAACUCACAAAGGAUCCUAUUUUGUUAAAAGAGCAACCAGUAGCUGCUGACCUUGGUUUGAUCAAAGAAUUGCCAUCUGGCAAGAAGCCCAAAGUUGACAUUAUCAAACACGAACCAGACAAAAAAGCUAAAAUUGCACAAAUUAAUCGAGCAUGGGACUUGGAUAAUAAUCCGAAAACUCCAAAACACAAUGGUGUAGUUCAUAGAAAUAUGCCUGCCUCUAGUUUGCAAGUUUCACCUACAAAUGUACCUGUAACAACCAUUGAUGAAAUACCAGUUUCAGUAAUUGAUGACUUGGCUACAAAUAAGCCAACUGCAGCUGUACAAGCAAACUCUGAUGUCACUAGCAGCAGAGGGGUCAAUAUUGGUAAUGCAACAUUCUAUAAUGGUGCUUUAGUUGCAGGAAGUGAAAGUGAAGUAGGAGGGGAUGAAGACGAAUUUAUACCUAUUUCAUCAAUUGAUGCAGAAGUUGAUUUAGGACCUCCACCUGAGAUAGUCUUUGAUUCAGUUCCAGGAAAUUUGAAAUCAUCUUUUGCUCGGCAUGGCAAGACAAAACAAGGAAAGAUUUCAUUUUUUGAACAUGUCUUCAUACAUGAUUACCAAUCAGAAACUGCUGCUGCAUCAGACUGGGACUAUGAAAAUGGGACAUCAUUCAGUUCUUAUACUCCAGCAGCCUUGAAACAAUACAAUGAUGCAAGUAAAUCAUUUGAUACCUCACCUGUUCCUAAGCCCCAGCCAUCAACCCCACCUUCUAUCCCGAAGGAGACAAGAGACAAUGAACCAAUAAUAACAUAUAAUGAAGAUGAAUCCAUUGAUUUUACUGAGUCAAGUGACAGCACUGCUGGGGCAUUGCUUUUCUAGUUUUCCUACACUGAAAAUCUGAUUAGGUGGGUCAAUUAUUGGUAUGUUAGCCACAAAUUUUAUUUUUUUCUUUUGAGAUUUAAUUAAAUAUAUAUCCCACAGGGCCUGAAGGGGUAAAUAUUGGUAAUAUUUUUGUCAUGUUUUCAAGUAAAACUGAAAUUUUAAACAAAAACUUGAAAGCAAUUUGUUAGGUUUAUUAAAUUGACAAUAAUUAAUUCAUAUUCAUAUAAAUAAUCACUAAUAUUAAAGUUGUAAACAUAAUUCUAAACAGAUGUGAACUUGGAAUACACAAUGAAAUAAGUGAUCGCAAUCUAUAGUUUCCAUAUAACGUAGACAAUAUUUAGCGGUUGUUAUAAAGCAGCGAGUUUGAAGUUGACAGGAAAACAAUUCUCUGUUUAUUAAUUAAAAAAAAAUACAACAAAUCUCAUGCAGAUAUUUCAAUCUUGGAUUGAAAAAUGCUUGAUCAUGCCAUAGAUUUCUGCUGCCAGUUACGAGAAAGUGUAAAUAAUAAAAUUUAAAAUUACUGAGAUCGAACAAAAUUUCGCGAAGGUUGGAAUGCAAGCAUGAGAAAAUUAUUCAAUUUCUAAAUAUUGAAACUUCGAUAACUUUCAUACUGUGUUGCGUUGUACAAGUCUUUGUCAACUCCGCUGUUCCGCUCUUUUACAGUUACAGUAGGUUCUAGACCUAGUCUAGUCUCUAUUGUAAAGACAUUCUAUUGUGUUAUAAGGGUAUAGAUUGAUUGAUGAUUUAGAGUAGAUUUUUGUAAGGGCAUAGAGAAAGACAGAAAAUUGUAAUUUAUUUAAAUAAUAUACGUAAUACGUAUAAUAAUGGUUUAAAUGAUAAUGCAUGAACAGUAUAAUUUAAUGAAGACGUGGGAUAGACUUCGGUUAAAUUAUUACUUUAACAAAGUUGGUAGUUAACAAAGUUAAAAAUCCAACUUGUAGAAUUUCAAUUUACUAGAACGUGUUAUUAAAAGUAAUU